CAUGACGUUUGACGCACGUUUUUGUUGUGCAGCGCGCCAAACCCCAUACAGCCAGUGGAAGUGCAUCAAACUCUUUUAUAUCUGUCUAUUAGUAUUUAACAGAGCUUGGAGCUAAAGUCACAGUUUACAGGACACAUGGCUUCUUCAAGUAAAGUGCCGUUACAGAACAGAAACUUACCAUGGGUUGAGAAAUACAGACCACAGAAACUUGAUGAUCUGAUCUCACAUAAAGAAAUUCUAACCACCAUCCAGCGGUUUAUCAGUGAGGAAAAGCUUCCCCAUCUCUUGUUCUAUGGUCCUCCUGGAACAGGAAAAACCUCCACCAUCCUCGCCUGUGCCAGGCAGCUGUACAAGGACAAAGAGUUCAACUCCAUGGUGUUAGAGCUAAACGCAUCAGAUGACAGAGGUAUUGAUGUUGUACGGGGUCCCGUUCUGAGUUUUGCUAGCACCAGGACCAUCUUCAAGAAGGGCUUCAAGUUGGUGAUACUGGACGAGGCCGAUGCCAUGACCCAGGAUGCCCAGAAUGCAUUGCGGCGAGUUAUUGAGAAGUUUACAGAAAACACUCGAUUCUGUCUGAUCUGCAACUACCUGUCCAAGAUCAUCCCAGCUCUGCAGUCUCGAUGCACCAGAUUUCGCUUCGGCCCGCUGUCCCCGGACCAGAUGAUCCCUCGGUUGGAGUAUGUCGUCCAGCAGGAGAGUAUUGACAUAAAUCCUGGUGGAAUGAAGGCCAUUGUGACCUUAUCAUCAGGUGAUAUGAGAAGAUCACUCAACAUACUGCAGAGCACCAGCAUGGCGUACGGGAAGGUCACAGAGGACACGGUGUACACCUGCACAGGUCACCCCCUCCGCUCGGACAUAGCCAACAUCCUCGACUGGUCCCUCAACAAAGACUUCACCACGGCGUACAAGCAAAUCCUUCAGCUGAAGACUCUGAAAGGUUUGGCCCUGCAUGAUAUCCUCACUGAGGUUCAUCUGCUCAUACACAGAGUGGACUUUCCUCCAGCUAUUCGGAUUGGUCUGCUCAUCAAGUUGGCCGACAUCGAACACCGGCUCGCCUCGGGAACCAAUGAGAAGAUCCAGCUCAGCUCCAUGGUGGCAGCUUUCCAGGCGGUGAGAGAUCUCGUGGUCAGCGAGGCCGCCUAGAUACAGUAACCGCUGUACAUAACAACUGAGUUCUGUUUCUUGAAUGCAAAGCACUGGCGGAGAGAAACGUUUUCACCAAUUCCUUAGUGACUACCAGAAAGAAAACCGGUGGAAUCACUUGCUUGUUUAGAAAGAAUGGAACAGAUGCCCUUAAGUGUCCACUGCGUGAUUGCCCACCACUGCUCCACAGAGUUGAUGCACAGCGAAGAAAAUGCUCGCAGCUAUCUGAGUCACUCACAUCUGCAUACAAACGGAGCCAACUGGAAGGCAGUUUGUACCAAAAGAACAUUAAAAUAUGGACUUGGAAAACUGUAAAUUUAGUCACCAGUGUAGGAUCAACUUACUGUCACCCAUCCAUCCAUUAAAAUAUGUAAAAUAUACUAAAGAAAUGUGUCAAACAACAUGCCAUAAUGUCACAAAUACAACUGUAAGAAUACAUCUUGUGUUGGAAUCUGUUUAAUAAAACUAUUUCUUGUAA